CGCGGAACCGGCACACGUGCCUAGUAGGAGGAAGCGGCGUUUUGCCAGGGAUCUUGUGUACAGUAGUUCCUUGCUACAUUCCGGCUACAAAUCGUUGAACAGCAGAAUAUAACAGCAUGAGUUUUGUGGAAUACAAAGAAUUUAUUGAAGAUGGAGAUACAGCCAUUGUCUUCCUGGGUCAUGACUCAAUGUUUCCAAUUACCAUCCAAAAUGGUAGCCAGACACAGACAAAAUAUGGAGUCAUCAGACAUUCCACUGACUUAAUAGGAAAAAAGUAUGGGUCCAAGGUGAUUUGCAGUAAAGGAGGAUGGGUCUAUAUCCUAUACCCUACUCCAGAGUUAUGGACCCUGAAUCUUCCUCACCGCACACAAAUCCUUUAUUCCACUGACAUUUCUCUUAUCACAAUGAUGCUGGAACUGAAGCCAGGAUCAGUAGUAUGUGAAUCAGGCACUGGAAGUGGCUCACUCUCACAUGCUAUUAUACGGACAGUGGCCCCCACAGGUCAUCUAUACACAGUGGAGUUCCACCAGCAGAGAGCGGAAAAAGCCAUAGAGGAGUUCCGGCAGCAUAAAGUGGAUCAUCUGGUCACAGUGAAGAACCAGGAUGUGUGCAAGCAUGGCUUUGGUGUCACUGGCAUUGCGGAUGCUGUAUUCCUCGACAUCCCUUCCCCCUGGGAAGCUAUUGGGCAUGCAAAAUCUGCAAUGAAGAGUGAAGGUGGAAGAAUCUGCUCUUUUUCACCGUGCAUUGAGCAAGUUCAGAGAACAUGUCUGGCCCUAGAAGAACAUGGAUUUACAGAGAUCAACACCCUAGAAAUCCUCCUCAGAGUUUACGAUGUACGGACUAUUAAUCUGCAGGUCGCUGAUCUUGGCAGAGCAGCUGAGGAGAAAAGCAGCUUGGAUGGAACUGACAGGACCAAGCAGAUCUCUGCUGUCCAGCAUGGAAGUGCACUCUUUAAAAGUGGCGUCCCACCCAGGGAAACCGUUGGUCACACAGGGUACCUGACCUUUGCCACCAAGAGUCUAUUUUAGACUUCAGACAUCUCCCUUAAAAAAACUGAAUAGGAGAGCAGCUUGACAAAGUACAAGUAGAAAAGCCCAUAUAUAGCUAGGCUGGGCUAAAGAAUGCAUUUGUGUAAACGCCACUCAUCCAGACACAAAUAGCAGAGACAGAUUGAGAUUUGGGACUCGCAGAAAAGAUGCAGCAAAGCCUAACCUCUCAGUUUGUACAUAAUAAAAAGGUUCAUUACAAAUGUA